AUCAGAUUGAAAAAAAAUGUUUAAUUAGAUUUCUUUUUAUUGCUGAUUAUAAAUGUCAAAAACUUGUGUUAAAUACCAACAAAUUAGCUAUAACCAACAAUGUCUAACAAUGGAUAUUCACAUAAUGAUCGUUGUCAAGCAAUUCUUUCUGAAUUUAAUCAUAUUGAAAAUCGUUUUAUAGAAGUUGAUAAUUCAUUAUUAUCGAAUCAUUAUGGAUACAAUGAACGUAUUGAUCACGAAUAUCAGCGAAUAAAUAAAACUGUUUCAAAUACAAAUCAAUCGAUAACAAUGGAAUGUUCCACACAGACAACAGAUACUAUGAUUAGUAAUAUUCAAAUGAUCUUGUCCAAGUUGGAACAAAUAGAAUCUAAAUUGAACAAUUGUUCAGAAAAAAUAGAAUCGUUGAAAAAUGAUUUCAAUAACUAUCAACAGCAACAUUCAUCACCGUAUUGUCAAGAUCGACAAACAUCUACUACAAUGAAUAAUGUAUCUAUCAAGUCUGAGGAUAGUGCGAUCAAUAACGAUGAUGAUUUACAAAUGACGGAUGAUCAGAAAUUUCUUUGUCCAAAAUGUCCAUUCGAAUUCCCUACAAAAUACACUCUUAAUCGACAUUUAAGAACACAUGUUCCGGGUCGAGCAUAUGUUUGUGGAAUUUGUGGCAAUAGAUUUAAAUUAAAAUCAGAACUUAAACAACAUCAUCGCACACAUUCAAAUUUAAAACCUUACAAAUGUUCUCGAUGUAAUUACGCAACGAUACGAAAAUCGGAUCUUAAAAGACAUCUUGUCACACAUUCGGUUAAAAAAUCAUCAAAUUCAUUUAAAUGUGAUCAUUGUGAUUACAUAAGUCAAAGAAAAUCAGAUCUUGCCAGACAUAAAAGACGUAAACACCCAUCAAAUGAGCCAAUAAGCGAAUCUAAUUCUUCAACAACAAUUUCGAAUAAUGUAUCAAUUAAUCGUAUCCAUACUGACGAUAAAAAAUCAUCAUAUAAAUGUGAUAUUUGUUCAAAAUGUUUCAAACUGAAAUCGAGAUUUAAUCGCCAUAAAAUUACACAUACAGAUGAAUGGCCAUUUAAUUGUACCAAUUGUAGUGAAAGAUUUAGACGUAAAGAUCAUCUUAAUAAUCAUAUAAAACGAAAACAUCUUUAAAUGAUGAUAGAUUAUGGUGAUGAUGAUUUAAUAAGUGUUCUAUGAUCAAUAGAUAUGAUAUGAUUGAAUUUUUUAUAAUUUCUUUUCUCAUAAAUUUAAAUAAAAUAACAUCAGAUGGCAGUUGUGUAUCAUGA